CCCACCCAUGAACCUUUCUUUGCUCUUUGUGUACCGGGGCCACGGUAACACUUUUGGACAAACCCUUCCUUCCCCGGCAGGAUAAUGGCUACCUAAAAACGUAUUGGAGAAGGAACUAUACAACAUAUGUAUGUAUACGUAUACAGUGAGACAAGAGAAAUAAUUAGGAAUUGAGUUAUUACUUGCUUUACUUGGUAUGUACUAAUGUAAAUGAAAAAAGAUGCUUACAGGCCUUGAUGGUAGGAAUUCCUUUCAUUACGCGUAGAGCGGAAAAAAUCUUAUAAUGUUCUCACGAAACAGAUAAAUCAGCUCUGUCCGACAAAUCACCCUAUUUUUCCUUGGCCUAUCCGGAAAAGAGUUCCCAAAGGGGCAAUUAAUGUUCGGGACCAUUUCCUUAAUCAAGAAGAAGUAUCUUUAUCUAAAACGGAUCAGAAAGGGUUCUUUGCGACACUUACGUAGGUAACUCCAAAAACUGCAUAACACCGUGGGAGUUAGGCCAUUCACUUACAAUUUGAUUACAUGACUAACACACUGUAUGAAUGGACGAAACAUAACUUUUUGGCCUAUAUUUUGUAAACAGUAUCGUAAACGUUGAUACUCUUUGCUUAAAACCUACUUAACGAUAAAGUGGCCGGCGUGCGAACGUCUUGCUAGUUGAGAUUCACAACGGUAUUAUGUUAAGAAAACAAUGGAUUUCUCGGUAGUUAUUUUACUUUCGUUGAGCUAUAUCGUGCACGGCUUUGAAUAUCAGAAAAGAUGUAUUUUAUACAGAAAGCAUUGUGUAGACCAUUGCCCGCGAAGGAUGCAUCCCUACCACACGCGAUGUGACGGUCAAACAAUGUCGCAGAGAACUUGUGCUGAACCACACACUUUCGUCCUAGGGUACACGUGUGGUUGGUCUCGCUGCGACUGUAACGGAGAUCUCGUUUUAGACGAGAAUACAGGGGACUGUGUCCAAUACCACGGAUGUACAAUGCCGUUGAGUAAAAGGGAGAAAAACCGAAAGCGUGGAAAAAAGAAGGACUGGAAACUGUCGAAGCGGCUCCGGCUAAGGAACUAUGAAGAUCCCAUGGAUAAAUACAUAAGAGGCCCUACCCCUUAAUAAGUACGAAAGUGAGGGGAAAAAGCAAUAGUUUUUUUUAAUAAAUAAAUUUUUAAUUUUUUUUAAUGUUUUUUUUUCUUGAUGGCAACUACAACACGUGUCAUAAUUUCUCGUAGAUUCGAUCCAUUGACAACUGAAGCACUGUAUGAUCUUCUAUCUGCGGUACCAGUGCAUAAGAUAGGGUUUAAUCAAAUUACAAUUCUAAUACAUAAAUGUAGAAGAACUUAUUAGUACAAACAAUAGAUUUUCAUCCAGGUUAUACACACGGAUAUUUAAUUUCCGAACGCUCUACAUGUAUAGGUUCCUUUAGCACGGAUCCCGAAUUCAAACCCCGGAAUAUAGUAGUUUCGAUAGAUAUACUGAAACCAUAGAGUUCAGAUAUUAUAGAUAUUUAAGUUUCAAUUUUCAGUAGUUUGAAAGUCAUAAAGUCGCCUUUGUCUUGUCAGAAUUCCCUUUACAAUGAGGUUGUUAUUCACUAAAGUUUUACAAAUGUAACUAGCUCGUGGAACAAACAUUCGUAUUUUGCAAAUGACGAAAAGUCAUUUACUUUGAGAAAAAUAUUUGAGAAUCAUGCGUGACUUAUCGAUAGCACAUAAGGCUUAAGAGGAUUGUAUUAAGCGUUUUCCUGCAAAGGAUAUUAUAUUCAUAAACACCGGCACUUUUCUAUACAAUUUACUAAAAGGAGGAUUAGCUUAUCUGAUAUUUUGAAGAGGUCUACAGAUGCGACACUAUUUUUGUACAUUUAUCGACUACAAUCACUUCUAGUUCGGGGGUUUAAACUACUUUAAACACCUCGCGCCACCCUUGCCAUUUUCGUACAAGGUACAAACAGUACAAUUCAUCUUUGCGAUUUUUUCAACCUUUGUUGAUAUACAGUGACGUCGUGUGAUACAGCUUUCACUGUCACACAAAUUAAAGAUUCGAUAGCAAGCAUUCCCUUUUUUAUACGCACUCAUAGCGCCGCGCGCACAAAUGAGUUGAACUAUGUGUACUAAGAUCUAUAGGUGGUAGACGCAUCUAAAGUCAAGUCCAUACCGACAGAAAAACAAUGGAAUGGCCCCGCGUAAACAAAAUUAAGUUUGCGCAUUUUGAGUUUACACCUUUCAAGCCAAACACCCAUUCAAAAUGAGGAUGAAUGACAGCAGUUUUGAAAUAAACAAUUCUGCGACAAAACCGUUAUUUUCCGCGAAGAUUUGAAGUGGUGAAGACGCCAUGCAGCAAGUGUUGGUGAUCUUGUGUUUCAUACAUGUUAUAGAAACAGUCUACUAUGGCAGAGUUGGGAAGGCUGGAUGUCUCAUGUAUAACGGAACUUGUGAGUCAAGUUCAUUUAUUUAUCGUCUUUAUUCAUCCUUAUUUAUGUGUCAUGUUUCAUAUGGUACUUACUUCCGUAAAGAAAGUUUCUGGAAACCAGGCGCAAAAGUUGUAGGUAAAUAAGAAAUCUUGGGCUUCGUAUUUCCGCAACAACUAAUAAAUGUGAAUCCCGUAUUGAGUAGAUAUGACGUUCAGAGUUGAAUUGAUUCUUGCUGAUCAUCGGCCUAGCCUUUUCCCAACUAUGUUGGAAUUGGCUUCCAGUCUAACCGGAUGCAGCUUACUUAAUAGCAGUGACACCAGGU